AUGCCAAAUGUUGUUGAAUUUGAAAGACUCCCGAAGAAGGUGAAAGAUCAAAAGGAAGUGAGUCGUAAAAAGGAUGAAGAAAAGGUAAUACAGGCACCAAAACCUCUAGCAUCAAUUCCUAGACCUCCCCCUCCUUUCACUAGAAGACUAGCUAGAAGGGUUGAUGAUAGCAAACUGGAGAAGUUCUAUGACAUCCUAAAGCAAUUAUCAGUGAACAUUCCGUUUGUGGAAGCAUUUCAAAAGAUGUCGCAUUUUGCUAAGUACUUGAACAUAAACUUAAUUCCUCUAUCUAUCUACAAUCAAGCGGGAUUGGGAAUGCCUAGGCCUAUAAGUAUGAGGUUGCAAAUGGCCGACCAUUCGAUAAAGCGACCGGUGGAGAUAGUGGAUGAUGUGCUUGUGAAAGUGGGGAAGUUUCUCCUCCCCGCCGACUUUUUUAUUCUUGAUUGUGCUAUUGAUAAAGAGAUUACUAUCAUAUUGGGGAGACCAUUCCUUGCUACCGGGAGAGCACUCAUGGAAUCGGAAAGAAAUGAGAUUAAAAUCCGGUUUAAUGAUGAAGAAGUUACCUUUCAAGCAAGUGAGGGUAUGAAAUUGCCAAAUGUAUACGAGAUUAUCUCAGUCAUUGAUGUUGUUAAUGUUGUAUAG